AUGUCAGAAAAAAUGCCUGCCAGCGAUGCUAGCGCUGUUCAGCAGCCAGAACAGGAAGAAAAACCAAAGCCUUGUUGCGCAUGUCCCGAAACCCGAAAGGCGCGCGACGCGUGUUUGCUUGAGUCAAAAAAUGGUCCCAUUGAGUGUGCCAAGUUGAUUGAGGCGCACAGAAAGUGCAUGGCCCAGUAUGGCUAUGAGGUUUAGUGAUGUGUAGCAGAGACCUUAAGGCUGUUUAAUGAAAUGUAACGAUUUACGAACACUGUGCGUUAACAACAUUAACAAUGUUCUUUACAGUA